AUGAAUUCAAUAAUUGAAAAUUAAAUGGAAGGAGCUAUGUCUUUUUUAUAUAAGAUAUUAAUCUAAAAUUCAGAAGUAUAAUUAUCAUAGAAUUACAACUAAAUAGACAACAAAUACUCUACAAUUAUAGUUUUCGAAAGAUAUAUUUCUGAUUCUCGAACUAUAUUUCUCUAUGCGUACAGUUCCAAUUCAUUAAUUAUUAUUAAACAACACCACUACAAAUUAGAAGAGGGAAAAGUUGAUUAAUAUAUCACCAGUGUUGAAAAAUUUUUGAAGGACGUUCUCGAAAUAAAUUAACAUUAAGCUUGUAUUUGUUAUGUAAAUUAUGCUUCGGUAAAGGAGCUUAAUAAUUUAAAAAUAAAAGAAGAGGCUUAAUAAUGGCUUUAAUAGACUUUUCCAAAAAGCUAGAUUAUAUUAGUAAUGGAAUAUCAAAAUAUACCUUAAAUUCCAAACACAUACCUUCAAAUUAAAAUCCCCAAAAACACUGGUGCAUUGCUGACAUUACUGAAAAUAUAGCGAGAUCUGAAAGAAGACUUGAAGGCCUACGAAGAAUUCAUGAUAAUAUAAAUAAAUCAAAUCAAUGAGACCCAUCAAAUGUUUAUGUCUAAAUUAGAAUAAUGUGAGAAGCAGGUUGUGAUCUUUAACUUUCUGGAUUUAAUUAAACCUAUCAUUCCAAGAGAGCCACCAGAAUAAAUCGAGUAUUUAGCACAAUUUCUAAUGAAUUUACCUCCUUCUACAUAGUUAGAUAUAGAUAAAAUGAUAGCAAUACUUAAAUUAUAUAAAUAGAAUCUUUUUUCUUAGAAUGCAAUAAUUUAAAAAAAGUUAAACAUUAAUGAAUACUUGCAUUUAACCCAAACUGAAUUAACUAUAUUCUAAGAUAUUAAAAAUUGCCAUUUUCCAAAAAAAGGAAAUCAUAGUUAAAAAUGCAAAGUUUGUCAAAAGAAAAGUAAGAAAAUCAAAAAAUCAAGCUUUGUUUGUGAAGCUUGUUAGAUAUAUUAUAAAAUAAACGUAGCACUAUGUGCAAUAAGAUGCUUUAGAUAGUUUCAUUUAAAUCCCGAAAAGUAUUUGCGCAGAAAAAAAAGAACAAUUAAAAUCAAAGUAGAAGAAUGAUUAAAUGUUUCUAUAUUAUAUAAUUGUUUUUAUAAUUCUUCCU